AUGGCAGAGAGCGGAAAACCAAUCAUGUACGGCCGAGGCGGUGCUGGCAACGUGACAACCAAGAAGGAGAAGGUGCCAAGCCCCAAUGUCGAAACAACACCCACCUUAAAGUCAAAGAUGUAUACCACAGGACGGGGCGGCACAGGCAACAUGGCCAAAAACGACCCCGAGCGUCCUGAAGAAGCCCGCCGAGCUCAGGAUGUGGACAUCCCCGGAUUGACCUUGCCAGAGGGCUCUCACCAUACCGGCAGAGGGGGCGCAGCCAACAAGUACACCCCUUCGGAGAUCGAGCAACAACAAGCGCGCAUGAACAACGAAAAGGUGCGAUCGGAAUCCUUCCGUCGCAGUGGUUCAAAGGAGCGGGGCGGUAUUCGAGCGCUCGCGGACAAAGCAAAGGAUGCUGUCACCGGCAAGCACAAUGAAAAAUAG